UACACAUUCUAACCAGCUUCACUGGGUGAUUGAAGGAAAAGCCCUGUGCAAGUCUGUCAAGAUGAAGGUCCUUUUUCUAACCAUAGCACUAAGUCUGUUCGCUGUUCUCCAUGCUGAAGAAUCAAACUCUUCUGGAAAAUUGGGGGGCGUAUACCAUCUAAAUGCUGUUGUGGCAAACAAGGAAGUUGCUGAGAAGGAUCAUGAGACCUUCCCACCUAUUGCCAUCUCCCAACUUGAUAAUGGUAAUGUGGAGGUCAAAUUUACCAUGAAGGAGAAUGGCGAGUGCAAAGAAAUUGAACUGACAAUGGAGAAAACGGAAAAUUCCAAUGAAUACACCUUAAAGGAGGACUACCAGCAUAUACAAAAAGUGCGUGUAACCAAGACCUCUGUGCCAAAUAACUGGAUUUUUGAGUGUAAAGGCCACAUCCAUGAUGAAGAGGUCAAGAUGAUUAAGCUUUUGAGUCUGAACAAAGAAGCAGACCCUCAAGCUCUGGAAGACUUUCAGAAGAUCGCAAAAGAGAGAAGUUAUGAUGAAAGUAGAAUCAUUUUCCCUAAGCAAGAAGAGGCCUGCGUCCCAGAACAUGAUUAAGGAGAAGACAAAUCCCAUCUCAGAAUUGUGAUAUCCAGGAAAUCCCAUUUCUUUCCUCAGAUGAUCAACAAAUCCCUAUAUUUGAUUUCUCUUCUAAGCCACCUCCUGCACUUUCUAAUAUUUUCUUUCUAAUGCUACAUAAAUGUCUGAAACAAUUA